AUGGCGCCUCCUCCAACAUCUUCUGUCUUCUUCGCCUCGGCGAACGGGGAAGACGAGCGUCUUCGCGCUGAGUCUGGGUCGUCCCAUGCUGAGAGGGAUCUCAAAGACAGUCCGCAGCCGUCCUUUCUCGCCUACCACAUUUUGCCUCCCGUGCUGGCUGCGGUUCCGCCACUCUCGUCGCGCGCGCAGCAGCCGGCUGUCUCUCCAGGCGCAUGCGCAGCGUCGCGACACCAUCCGCCUCUCGUUCGCCACUUGCUGGACAACUCUCUGCCUCUUCCUCAAUCGCUGACUUCUUGCCUUGCCUUUUCCUCGCCCGCGGAAAACAACCCUGACGCCGAGGGCCCUUCUCUCAGCUCUCUCUCUUCCGUCGCAGAUUCCUCUGCAGGCAGUCGCGCGGAGACGGCGGGAGAAGGCGCGACGGAGGCGCCGCUCCACGACUCCGCCUCGAAAGCCAAGUCUCUCAACGCACCCGGAGAGACGCGCCCGACGCUCCGAUCCGGCAAAUCUCUCGCAGAGCGUUCUGUCUCUUCUUCGAACGCUUCUUCUCCCAUUCCACCCGAGUCUGUCGCCUCCCAGGCGCCGAGCUACGCCCCCCUCCUGCAGUACGCGAGUGCGUCGCGUUCGCCUUCUCUUUUGAUUCCUCCCUUCUUCUCGUCGCCUGCAGCGCCUCAGCGGUCUUCGACGGCUCUCCAGUCGGAGCUGGCUUCCUCGGCGCUUCGUUGCCGGGCAGCGGAGCUCCUACAGAGUCGCCUGUUGCGCGCUCUCGCGGCGGCUGUCUACCGCGCAGUGCAGCCGCAUGCAACCAAUUUGGCGAGCAUCAUUGAAGUGCAUGCACUCGCCGCUGCCACGGAUCUCCGCGCGGCCGCCUCCCACGAGGCCAGCGACCCUGCGGAGACGCUUAACGCUCGCCGCGAGUUCCCUGCCGUGUUUCCCUCUUUCUCAGCAUCUGCCUUUCCUUUCGCUUCGUCUGGCUCUGCGUUUGGCGGCGAAGGCUUCAGGGAGCCGGGACGCGAAGCGCCCGGUGGGGCGAUCUUCCGAGGCAGCAGGGGCGACGUCUUCGAUUUCCUCCCGGUAGUCGUUGCCGCUGCCGGCGUCGACGCAGGCGAUCACCGGCUCGCCGUGCAGCUGCUGACGUUCGAGUGCAUGCGGCGCAGUCGCCUCAGCUGGAGAAGGUGGCGGAAACAGCAGAGGCGUUUGAAUGCGGAAGGGGCCGACACGGGCGACGACGCCUGUGCGGAGAAGCCAAGGCGAAAGAGGCCAGAGAGAGACGAAACGAAGGGCGUCUUCUUUUUCCGCGCCGCCGUCCUCCGCGCCUCCGAGUGCACAUCUCUCGCAGCUGCGGUUCAGGCGAUCUACCAGCAGUUGACGAGUUCCUCGUCUCUCUGCGCACAGUCCGCAAAGGCCCCCGUUGCGCUUUUUGCUUCAGACGCGCAGCGCGCCUCGCGCUCGCCCCGCCGAGGCGGUCGCGGCGGGGAGACGCCGGGGGAGAGUCAAAAACGCCGAGAGAGUGACUCGGCGCCCUCGCUGUUCUCGAGCGUCAGCCAGCAGCUGGAAGACGCUUUCUUCCCGUUGCUCUCCUCGGCGGUCUCCCACGAAGACGUCUCGACUGCGGGGGCGUGGAGCGAGGGGACCGGGUUCUCGCGAACGGACGCGUCGCUGGAGAGUCUCCUUUUUUCGCAUCUCGGCGCAAAGGGCGGCGGCGAGGGUCCCGCCGCUCCGUGCAGAUCGGGCGGGAAGGGCGACGGUGCUCCGUUCGCGGCGGGGACCCGCGACGCCGGCCACGAAGAUCUCAGAGACGACGAAGGCUCGGCGAUCUUUGGCGACGGCGGCCUGUCGGCUGCGAAGCGCUUCGACGGAAUCUGCGAAAAGCUGGAACUGUGGUGGAGCGACUUGAACUUUUUCCCCGCGAACGGCGGCGCAGGCACUGACGCCGCCGAAGCUCGCGCCAAAAGGCGCCAGAAGGCGCGGCGCGGCGUGGACUACUUGCUGGAGGAGGGGAGUCUGCGUCGGGCCAAGACACGGAGACAGAAACAGAUGAAGGCGCUGUGGGGAAACAGCGACGAGGAACUUGCGAGCGAAGCGGACGAGACCGACGAGGACUGCGCGCCCGGCGAGCGAGGACGGCUGACGGCGACUGGGAGCUCUCCAGGCCGCCAAGGGAGCGACGCGGGAUCCCCUGCCGCCUCGUCCGCGCUUUCCACUGCAGGUCAGGAAACGGAAGACCCGCCUGCCGAGGCGCCGACGCGGCUCGCAGUCGGUUCGAGCAUCUUCCGGCCUUUCUUUGGAGGCCCGCGUCUCGCGCGCGCUUCUGGAGAAAACGGAUCUCGCGACGCAGCUGGGUCUGUGCACGUCUCGUCUGCGGUGUUGCUGGUCGUCCUGGAGGAGACGGAGGCGUUUUCCCUUCCCUUCUUGUCUUCGCUCCUCCACCUGCUGUCGCUCUUGCGAACGCAGUGUCGCCUGCCGUUCCUGGUGGUAACAGCAGCCUCGUCGAGCUCCUCGAUUCGCCAGCUUCUCUGCGACUCCCGGGCGACAAACAACUUCGCCGUCGAAGCCGCCACGCUUCUCCAGCCUUCGCUGGUCCAGCAGCAGAUCGUGAAUUUGCUGCUCUCCAGCUCGGUCACGCUCCCCUUCUCGCUCCCGCUCUCGUCGCUCCUCGUCCUCCUGCAGCACCUGGAGGAGAACGCCGCACCGUCUGUCUUGCAACUCGUUCAAGUCUUCCAGCUCGUCGUGCGACAGUUCUACCAAGCUCACCCGCUGGCCUUUCUCUGCAGAGGCUACGAAGACGUGCUGCCGCUGCUGCAGACAGAGGGAGACGCCGAGGACGAAUCCGACGGCGCGGCGACAGCAGAGGCACAGACAGCAGAGGCAAAGACAGGGGCGGGGCGCCGGUGGGGGCGCGCUGCGAAGAGCGGAGAACUGGGAGAGGAGCCAGGCACGGGGAGGAAGAAAGUUGGGGCGAAAGCCGCGGAGACUGCUACAGGCGCAACGGCGCAUGAAGACCCGAAGGAGAAGGAAGCAGGCAGGGAGGGAGAGAAGACGUCUGGGGAGACCCUGUCGCAUGGCGCAACGUCUGGCCGCGCCGUGUGCGUGUCUCCGUUAUCAGAAGAGGAGAGCGACAGGCGCGAAGAUGCGAGGCGCUUGCAGUCCCGCGCAAAGCGUUUGCUCAAACAAUGGAGCCGCCGAACAGAGCUCCUUGCCUUCUCCUCCAUCACAGAUGAUCAUAUUCGUCUCCUCACGCAGCUGCUCCGCAACACGGCUGAAGUGUAUGUACACCUGGUGGCUUCCCAGCAGCACAGCGGGUUCUUUCUCGACAGAUGUUGCUGGCAACAGGAACAACUCCUCCAGAAGGGUGCGUCCCUUCUAGGGGGCGCCGGGCCUCGGGUAUCGCCCUUAUCGCGUCGCUCUCGCCCUGAACAAGAGGACGAAGAAACUGAAGAAGAAGAAGAGAGGAAGCGACGGCGAUCGGGAGACGCGGCGCUGACCGUGGCGAAGCACGCGCGUGAAGACUUGGGAACGCGACUCCACGAACCGUUGCACGCAAAACCAGCUGCCUCGCAUCUCACUGAGUCGCCUAACGCUUCAACCUCGACUGUCUCGUCUCUCCCUUCUUCGUUUCCUUCUUUUCUCCCCGGGUGUCGGCGGUCGGGUGGUUGUGUGUCGCGUCGCGCUGUCUUGGCUCAGCUGCGUGCUUGGUGGGGUUGUCGCGGGCUUUUGGUUUUUUCGCGAAUCCAAGAAGAGUUUCGAGAGCGUCGCAACGCGUUGGAGAGGCAAAGGGCGCGCAGGCCGAGAGACGCGGACGAAGAGAAGCUGAAGCGGGAGGAGCGGGAGGCGACCAUGGCUUUAAUUUGCAGAGAAAUCCUGCCGCAAGCAACCCUCGAUCUGGCGGAGCGCCGGGUCGGCGUGUCUCUCGCUUUCCGGCUUCUGCUGCUUCUUCAGCAACAGCUGGAGCGGCAGCGCAGAAGCGAAAGAAUGGAAGGGACAGAAGACGACUUCAGCUUCCUGCUGCGCUCCACCACGCAGGAUCCGCCAACCUCCGACGCCUUGCGAGCUUCGCGCAAAGCAAAGACCGCCCAGGACGCCAGGCGAUCCGCGGCGCCGGCGACGUCCAAGAAAGGGCGAGGGAGGGAAAAACCCGCAACGCAAAGAGACGAUUCAGAAGACAGCGACAGGGACGAACUCUCGGAUGAAGCCUCAGACGAAGACAGCGGAGACAAGGCGGAAGAGAGAGAGUGUUGGUGGAGCGGCGCGGGGGCGGAGGCCGAGAGUGGCAACCGCACGAUGAUUGAUGAGCUCGAACGACUUCUCGGCGUCCACGAGGAAAAUGCAUGUGUCCUUCGAAAAACGAGGCCGCAACAGCGCAUUCAAGAAAUGGCGAGAGCUAGCCGAAGUGUAGGAGAAGAUCUUCAUCGCUUGCUGGGAACUCUGUAUGAAGACUUGGCGGUCGCGGCGCCGGCUCGGGUGUUCCACGAAAGCGCCAACCCCGGCGCAGCCUCCGCUUGUGAGGGAGGAGUCGCGGAUCCAUCAGCUUUGUCUCUUCCGCUGAAACUUUUUUUCCAGCAAGGGCACCGCGAGCUGUGUCUCCUUCGUCUUUUCCUGGCGGCCAGGUCGUCCCCUGACGGAGUUCCGGAGACCUCGGGUGUCCAUACAGCUGACAUCCUGCAUGCGCUGGACAACCUGCGGCUGGUGAUUCAGGAGCUCGACGAGGCGUCGCUCUCCCUCGCGGCGGGUCCCAAGCGCGACAGCCGCCUCCUGACCAAGCAAAGACGGUCUUCCGUGUCCCCGUUCCGGGAGACAGAGACCGAGGUUGCGGCGUCGAGUGUAUGUACAGCUGGAAGGCCGGGGAAGGCCCGCGAGGCGGUCUCCCUCCUGGCGUCUCCGGACGCUGUUCCUUCGCUCGGAUCUCUACAGAACAGCAGUGGGGACGAGGGCGAGAAGGCGCCGUCGCUUUGUCGACUGUACAUGCUGAAAACGCGCUUCCUGCGCACCGUCGAAGAACUGCUUCUCCUGUUGCUCCUUCCUUUGCCCUCGUGGCAUCCGCUGGGAACUGAGCUGGCGGUGUGGGGCGGGUCUCUCGCGAUUGAAGUGGCGGCGACGGGCCUCGCCCUCCCUCACGUGGAGCGAGGCGAGCGACGCCCAGAGAGUCAGCUGGUCUCUGCUGCGCAGACGGUGUGUUCGCGUUUGGAAACCAUUCCUCAGCGAGAGACUCUGGAGCAUUUGGCGAUUGUCAAUCCGUUCUACCUGCAACAGUUCGAGGACAGUGAAGACGAGGAGGAGCGGAGAGACGAGGUCGGAAGCAGCAGCCGAGGCGGCGGCCUGGGAGCGCCGGCCGAAAACUCGUUGCUUUUGGAAGACGUUUCUGUGGUGUACAGACUCCUCGGCGACGCGGGGAAACGCGUCGGCAUGUGGGAUCUCUUCUGCGCCUUUUGCCGGGAGACGCUGAAUGGGCGUCUUUCCCAGGAGAAGGCGACCCAGACCAGAAACGGGUCCGCCGUCGCGGAAGGCGGAGACGAUGAAGCGCAGCGAGCCGGCGAGAAGAGACUGCGAAGCCGUGAGACACGCAGAGAGAGGAAAACGCAGGAGAAACAGUUCGAAUUCGACGUCCUCAGCAAAAUGGAAGAAGAAGGAAACGCUCGCUCUCAGGCCUCCCAAAGCUUGACGUGUGCCUCUGGAUCCUCGGUCGCGUUGCCUCCCGCGAAUCUUCUGCAACAGCUUCAAUUCCGAUUCGCCGUUGCGUGCGAGACCUUGGACCACCAGAUGGGUCUCUUGCGGCUUCCGAGUGCCGGGGCCUUUGCAGCGGCUGCUGAGCAAGCUCUCGUGGGUGGGCAAGAUGAAGGCGGCGACGUCUUCUUCGCGGCAAACGACGGCGACGAGGAAGGCCCUGAAGAGAAGGAAGACGCGUGGGGCGACGGAGACAGCAAGUCGCGACUUCUUGAGUCGCGCGGAGGGCCGGGGCGGGCGAAGACCAAAACCGGCAGGCGCUGGCCGACCCGCUUUGCCCGGAGAAACCAAGAAGAAGAGGACAGCGAGGACGAAGUUGCAAAGGAAGUUCAAGACGAACUCCGACAAAUGAAAGAGCUGCUCCACGGCGUGUACGCAAACCGCACUCAGUUUGGGACGGUAUAUGUACGGGACACCGUGAGAGAGAUCGAAGAAGAGGAGCCAGAAGAAGCCACGCAGCUCGAGAAGAAACGGAGACGAAGAAAACAGACAACUGCGAAAAAGAAGCGCACCAAGAUGGAGGACUCUUCGUAA